ACCGGGAGGACUUCCACCGACUGAAAGAUAUGUCGGUCCCGAAGCAGAGGGAGCUUGUUACCGAACAAGCUCUCUAUGACGCCGGCUUAAGCUUGAUCCCCCGACUAGGUAUCGUCCGAUUUCCCGGUCUCCUUUUCAUCCGACCCUUAGUUCGGUUCCUUAGUUAACACCUUUGUCGGUAUUGCAGGGACACCUCCAAGAAUGCGGCCGACAGACGCGGAGAUUCGGCAAUUCGCGACAAGGAAGAGGCCAGCAUCGGGGGUCGGACCUUCGCGUCCGCCGAAGAAGCCUGCUCCAGCGGCGCCGAUCAUCGAAGCGUCGGUGACCGAUCAAUCCGAGCCCGUCAUCGCGCUCGCGGCUCCGGCGACGCGUUCGGAGGAGAGGCCGAUGGGUGAAGCGGCCGAAGGAACGUCGGCGGCAUCACCGGAGGCGGUGGAGCCGGAUGUAGUUCGGGAAACCGAACAUCAUCCGGCGGCGUCUGUGGCCGCAGCGGGGGGUGCUGGUUCUACUUCGAGCAUCCCCUCGCUGCCGGUUCCGUCGGUCGGGGUGGCCGAUCGAGGGAAAGCCCCGAUGGACCCCGCGGACGAGACAAGGUCGGGGAGCCGAUCCGUGCCACCCAGCGCACAGUUCUCCGAAGGCGCGUCGGCGUUGGCCGACCACAACCUGGCGAGGAGGUUGUGCCAGGGGAUUCUUCUUCCGGCCGACGUUGAGUCGCUGAGAUCUCGACAGGUAAUCGAGAUGCUGUCCAGGUUCUAUCCGACUAUGGUCGAGCUGAUCUAUACAAUGUCGGAACUGGAGGCCGGGUACCGGAGGUUCGGCAAUGUCCGGGCCGCUUAUAAGGAGAGGUUGGCGGCGGCCGAAGCCGAGAGGGCGAUGUUGGCCGACCACCUUCAGCAAUCGGCCGACCGAGAGGCCAAGUUAGUAGACGAGGUCUUCCGGCUUGGGUCCGAACUUAAGUCGGCCAGGAAGGAGGCCAGACACAAGGGUCGGGCCGUGCGUCAUCUUCGGCGCGAACGGUACGGCGCCACCGCCGAACUCCAAGGCGAGCGCGAGCAGCUUCGGGUGAGCCUGGAGAAGCUCGCCAAGGCCGAGGAGGAGCUUUCGAUCGCCCAAGCCGACGCCGACAUAGCAAAGGCGGAGGCGGAGUCGACGAAGGAGUCGCUCGGUCGGGCGGAGGAAGAGGCAAGGUCGGCGAGGGAGUCGGCCGAUCGGGCGGUUGAAGACUUCAAGGUCUCCGACCAAUAUCGGGAGGAGAUGCUCGAGUCGGGUUUCGCCUCGUAUCGGGUGGGGUACGAGGACGGUCGGGAGGCAGUCCGGGCCUUGUAUCCGGAGCUUGACCUUAGCAGCAUCGUCCCACCGGGAGCCGAGAAGGAAGCCACCGAGGAGAUGGCCGACCAGCCGUCGGGAGGCGUAGUUGCUGCGGAGGAAGUCAUCCCGGAGGAAGCGGCGCCGACUGCCAGUCCCCCGCCGACCGAAGGACCAGCUUCAGCCAUCGACCCGGCUCCGCUUGUGGCCGACACGCCAGUCAUCCCCGAUCUCCCGUCGGUUGAGGAGAUCGACUCAGAUGGAUGA